AUGUCCCUUUUCGGCCCUUCUCCCGAGGAACCCUCUACGGGCAACUCCGCCCAGAGACCCAAGUCCUCCCUUUUCGCUGAUGAACCCGUCGCUGGCUCCUCGCUUUUCGCGGACGAUGACGGCGACGACAGCUCCUCUUCGCGAUGGAACAUCCAGAAUAAUACUGCCAAGAGGUACGCUCGGCGCGAUAUCGCUCGGACUUUGCUCCCUGCCACCGAUGUUCCCGAGAGCUAUGUGGAUGCGUAUGAUUCCCUUCUGAAUAGCGGGGAAAGGGUUGGAUCGGGCGUUGGCUUGACCUCAAUCCGCGAAAUACUGUCAAGCAGUCAAUUGAGUGCCUCGGAUCAAGGUAAGAUCUUCAACCUUGUCGUAUCGAGCGACCGUGAAAGUUCCAACGAGCUGGGGCGCGGCGAGUUCAAUGUGCUCUUGGCGCUGGUCGGCCUCGCGCAGGAAGGAGAAGACCUGUCAUUCGACGCAGUGGAUGACCGUCGCAAAAAGUUGCCCCAGCCGAAAAGCACCUAUCUGGAAAAGCUGCAAACACCCCACGAUCCCGCUUCCAAGCGACCAAACACACCUCCGGCCCAAUCUACGGUCCCACAAGAACCAAACUCAACCCGGUCUACGCGAUCUACACGGUCGAGGCCAGAGACCUUGGGUGGCUUGGAGUCAGAUCCAUGGGGCAGUCCGGAAUUACACAGGGGUCAUAAUCACGAGCCAGCAGAGGCUGAUCCACGUAUAUUGAAUGGCUAUGGGAGUAUGCGAUCCACGACCAAUGCCUGGUCCAACAGAAUGGCUGAAGAAACAAACCAUGGCGACGUACGUCAGCCGGAGCAUCCCAACGGUCAACCCGAUUUGGCACCGCCCAGCACCUCGGGAUCGGGAUGGGGGAACAGCUUCGAAAGAUCCCCUGGCGACGAUGCUGGCUUCGGUGGUGUCGACCGCUCGGGACUGGGCAACUUUGGGCCCCCAGCGGAAGAUUCCAGCACCGCCGCGCCACCACGUCGGUCCUUGGGUCUUGGCCGGGUCACGAACCCACGUCUGGAGGAGGCUGUCACGGUAACCCUCCUGCCGGAGAAGGAGGGCAUCUUUAUGUUCCAGCAUCGAAAUUACGAGGUCAAAUCGGCCCGAAGAGGCAGCACUGUGAUUCGCAGAUACAGCGAUUUUGUAUGGCUGCUGGACUGCUUGCAAAAACGCUUUCCAUUCCGGCAAUUACCUCUUCUUCCACCCAAGCGUGUAUCAGUCAAUGGCACUCACCUUUCAGCGGAUUCCAAUUCUUUUCUUGAAAAGCGUCGCCGAGGACUCGUGCGGUUCACCAAUGCCCUCGUUCGUCACCCCGUUCUUGGCCAGGAGCAACUCGUGAUCAUGUUCUUAACCGUCCCCACGGAACUCUCGGUGUGGCGCAAACAGGCCACGAUAUCGGUUCAGGAUGAGUUUUUCGGCCGUGCUCUCCCACCCGAUCUGGAAGACUCAUUACCCGCCACUCUCACAGACACCUUUGAUACCGUUCGAAGCGGUGUCAGACGGUCCGCUGAGAUUUAUAUUAACCUGUGCACGUUGCUCGAGCGACUCUCCAAGCGCAACGAAGGCCUGGCUGCCGAUCACCUGCGGUUUUCGCUCGCCCUACAGUCUUUGACUGAGGCCACCAAGGACACAUACUCCGUCGAUACCAACGACAUUCCCUCCCUUAAUGAAGGCAUUACGUCCACUGCUCGACACCUGUCGACCAGUCAGAGUUUGCUGGAAGAUGAAGCACGAGCAUGGUCGGAAGGCGUUCUGGAGGACUUGAAGCGCCAGCGUGACUGUCUCGUGAGUGUGCGCGAGAUGUUCGAUCGACGGGACCGGUACGCGCGCAACAACAUUCCGCAGCUGGAGCGGCGCAUCGAGACCAACGAGCGGAAACUCCAAGAUCUGCGCACGCGGCCUCCGGGUACUGCGAAACCGGGGGAGAUCGAGAAGGUGGAGGACUCUAUUUUCAAGGAUAAAGAAUCGAUCGUUGAACAGCAUGCUCGGGGGGUAUUUAUCAAGGAGUGCAUUCGGGACGAGCUUGUGCAUUUCCAGCAGAGUCAGUACCACAUUAGCCGACUGCAUCAGGACUGGAGCCAAGAACGCGUGAAAUACUCCGAGCUACAGGCCGACAACUGGCGUCGUCUGAGCGAUGCUGUGGAGGGGAUGCCGAUGGGCGAGUAG